AUGACUCCACCACCGGUUCCAAUUUUUGUAUUGAUGGGUACUUGCGGUUGCGGUAAGACAAGUGUAGCCGCUGAAAUGCAAAAGAUCUUAGGCUGUGAAUAUGUUGAAGGUGAUUCUCUUCAUCCUCGAAGCAAUGUUGAAAAGAUGGCAUCAGGUCACCCUUUGAACGAUGAUGAUCGUUGGCCAUGGCUCCGUCUUAUCCGUGAUCAUCUCAUCUCCAAAGCUGAAGAAGUCAAAGACGUUGAUAUCAGUUCUCCCCACCGUGUGGUUAUUGUUACCUGUUCAUCUUUACGUAAAGUCUACCGUGACAUCAUUCGUGAGGUUCCCUCUGAACUCGGCACGGUUUGUUUUGUCUAUUUGAAGGGCACACACGACCUAUUACUGGAGCGUAUUACCAAUCGUAAGGGCCAUUUCAUGCCCCCAUCCAUGUUGGAUUCACAAUUGGCCACGUUGGAAGAACCUGACGAAAAGACAGAGAAUAUCAUUGUGCAGAGCAUUGUACCUCCCACCACUGAACAAGCCAAGGCCAUUAUACAAGAAGCGAUCAAUAGAAAAAUGCUGCCCGAGUGUUCUCUCACAAAAGCUGCCUAA